GACACAGCAGACGGCCGUCCGCCGCUGACCGACCCAGCCGCAGCACGCAGCCGCGACAGUCCGUGAAGAAACGAGAGCAACCAUGAUCACGGCGCUGCUGUACCUGGUGCCUCUGUGGAUGGCGAUGGUCCAACCAGCUCAUGUACAGAACCAGGCGACACAGCCUCUAGUCGGCGAUUUCCUGAGGUCUCACUGGUCGCCAGUUCAGCUUCUGAACCACACGGCACAGCCUGUAGUCAGCACAAUCUUGAGGGCUCGCUGGUCACCAUCUCAAGCACAGAACCAGAUGGCGCAGCCUCUGGUCAGUGCGAGGCCUCAAUGGGCGGUAGCUCAAGGUCAAAACCAGACGGUGCAGACGCUGGUCAGCGCAACCUCGAGGAGUCGCUGGUUGGAAGUUCAAGAACAGAACCAGACUGCGCAUCCUCCGAUCAGUGCGACCUCUAGGUCUCACUGGUCGCCAGCUGAAGCACAGCACCCGAUGGUGCAGCCUCCGAACAGCGCGAUCUCGAGGCCUCAGUUUUCGCUGGCGGCGUCUGGUCGGAGCUAUCACACUCUACCAUCCAACAACGAAAUGGACAAUGAUGUGGAUAGCCAGAAGCCUUCAGUGGUGGUGGGAACUGCAGAGUACGCUCCGCUGACCUACAACCACGACUACUACAGGAACCGCUACUCUGGGAAGUACCAACCACAAGAGGGUGACUACAAGAAGACGUCAGUGUCGGGCAAGCAGGCAGACGGGGGCUACAAAUACGGCGCUAAGAAGCGGAAGGAUGCUGCCGAGGACUACCCAACAGGGCCGUCGCCACGAGACCGCCUCGGCUUCGAAGAUGACGAUGACUAUGAGGACCAUGAGGGAGGCUACGGCUAUGGAUAUGUAGAGGAAGACGGCUACUAUGAACACGGUGACGACUACCACCACCACCACGCUCGCCCCGUGCACCACGGCUACCAUGGACCACCCGUGUACGUGCCACACCGGCAUCAUCACCAUGGUGACAAGUACCUCAAGUUUGGCAUCCUGGCGCUGCUCAAGCUCAUCCUGGCCAAGCUCAAGGCCUUCGGGCUGUUUAAGCUCCUGCUGCUCUUCAUCAUCAAGCCAAUUCUACUCUUCAAGCUCGCUCUCAAGUUCCUCUUCAUUACAAAGGCGUUCAACGCGCUGACGCUGCCGCUGCUGCUGCUGCCGCUGCUGCUGUUGCUGCUGCCGCUGCUGUUGCUGCCGCUGUUGCUGCCUCUGGCGCCGCUGCUGCUGCUGCCGCUGCUGCUGCCGUUGCUGCUGCUGUUCCUGCCCGUGCCCGUGCUGACACCCGGCGCUGGCGCUGGCGCCGCUGGCCGUCGCCGCCGUCGCAGGAGUGCAGCUGCUGUGCCCCCAGGCUCCGCCAGCCCAAACCUGCUCAUGCUGACGCGCCAGGUGCUGGAGGCCGACCAGUGCCUCGAGAGGAUCGCCUGCCAUCUCGCAGCGCGCCGCUCCAGUCUCUACAACAGAUUCGUCAUUUGGAUAUUGGAGAGGUUCGAGCGGUGGGUAGCUCCAGAAAGCGCGAAGCCGCGGCUGACGUCCUACCUGGGCGCGUACCGACAAGGAGCCGAGGUGCCCAGCCAGUGCAGACCACGCUACGAGUGCGACAGCGAAGUGCUGGGCCUGCCCAGGGGCAGCCUCCUGCAGCAACUUCUGUAGCUGCCAGCUGCACUACGCUGACGUCCAAUCCUGCGGCCUACUACCAGCGCCUCCAGAUGUCCAAUCCAUGCUGGUCUCCCAACGAGCGCCGAUAAACGUAACCUCUGAAGGCCAGCUUCUGUAGCCCCUAACAUCGAUUUCUCCAGGGACUUACCUGCAGGAGUUUCUCGCCUCACUACAUCUGAUACUGGACCUCCAUAACAUAGUCUCCAGCAACAGACAUCAGUGACGUCCAAUGCUGCCACGCCUGUGGUGUGCAAAUACAAUUGUUUGGAAUGGUUACAUCAUGGCUGGGAUGUAGUGAUCGCAGUAUUGUUAGUAGUAUAAAUACUCUGUCUCGAUUGCACAGUAUAUUUAUCAACGUACGACCAGUUUGAAUGCACGAGGAGUAUUCAAUAAGUAAUGCAACACUUUUUUUCCGAAAGCAGGUUUCUAAUACACCGUAAUAUUCCCCGCUCGUGUAGCCACGAACCCUAAAUUUCAACAUUAUCUACGUUCAAUGCAAUGGACUUACGCUACCUUACUGUGUGUCGGCAUGAGACCAAACUACUGGUUGACAUCGGACCCAACGUCCUGCUGCAUCAAUAAAGUCCCCAUCAUCCACGUAUUGCUCCCCGCCGAGUACAUUUUGGGCCAAGCAGAUGGAAGCUUUUUCUGGUCUUCUGUUAGGCGGUGAGGAACCCAGUGGGAUCACACUUUUGGUAUCCCUAUUGGUGGACGGGUAUGUCAGCGCUACCAACAGAGACGUCCAGUUGCGCAGCGAGGUGUUUGUGAUCCGUCGAUCAUCUCGUUCCAAAAUACCAGGAGUCACAGUUGUGUGGUGUUUUCUGGCACGCGAGAGAUCGGACCUGUCUGUGCAACCUUGUUGUGAUGAUGACAGACGCUUCGCCCAACGACUCACCGUGCUUUUGUUCACUACCAGGUCCCCAUAGACAUUCUGCAACCGCAUAUGAAAAUCUGCGAUGUUCUUGUUUUCCGUCAGAAGAAACUCACUAACAGCUACUUGGAACGCUUCUCCGCUACAGACGCUAUUGUGGAUAGCGCCACCAUCUAUCGAAACUUCGUGACACUAUUGGGGCUGAAGCGGGAAUAUUCCACAAUGUCCCACAAAAAAUUUCGCACUUUUGCAACCGAAAUUGUCCGAGAAAAAGGUGUUGUAUUAGUUACUGAACACUCCUUACAUUGUUCACCAUCAUCACAUACAAAACGCUUGUCUAGGAAUAGCAGUGAAUGAGAACACCUCUCUGCAACUUACGAUAUUGGCAGUUUACAUGCUAUUCGUAGGGAGUCACUUUGUGUUUGGUGCAUAAGGAAACUGGUUAUGCGUCAGUGAAAAUAUUUCGUGGUCGAUACAUUUCUUUUAUACACUGCUAAAAACUAUUAGCCUUAUCCAUAGAUCGACUGUAGGAGCUCCUGUCUCGCUGGAAGACUGUGGUUAUGUCCCCCCUGGGGUAUGUUUGUACGGUACUAACACAGUGGAGCCCCUACUAUAUCACGAGAACAGGGCACCGUAGCAGCAGAUAUUAUGGUCACACGCGACGGCUCCCCAUUUCUGCCACCAUCACUCAUUGCGCAAAGGUGCCACUGAUAUUUCCACAACCAGGCAUGUGAUGUUAAAGAACAGCAAUACGUCUACCACACAGUCCCAUGAGCGUCCUUCCUAAGACAGUAUCUCGAGUGCUUUGUAGAUACUUGCUGAGUUGACGACUUCAGCGCAUCACAGGGUCCAACUUUCUAUGCACAAAUUAUGGAGAUUAUUUUCUCUAAUACAGUCAGUAAUACAGGGAUUCACACAAAGCGUAGCUGUAUAUGACACAGCUACAUUUAUAUACACACAUUGACAUUGUAUUUCUAGUUAUAGGUCCGUGCUGCUGCAAAAGUUAGAUUGUCUUUAUUUAAAAAUAUUUGCCGAAGUACUGUUUGUUUUAAUUUUAA